AUGAUGUCUUUUGAAAAAUUGAGUAUUCGCUCAGUGGAUUUCAAGGGAAAGCGUGUUUUGAUUAGGUAAGCUAUCUGAGUAGUGCCAUGUUGCCAGUACCCACUAUAUUGUAUGUUCCUGAGUUCAGUGCAAGAGUGUAAUAUUGCUGUCCCCGGUUAAAAUACUCACAAACUCUUUUAUUUUACAGAGUGGACUUCAAUGUGCCCUUAAAAGACAAGGAUAUCACGAACAACCAACGGUAUGAGAGAUCGUGCACUGACUCAUGAACUGAAUGCAAAGUGUAAUUUACGAGCACCCCCCCAGAGAUUCCAACCCUCCCGAUUUGAUCAAGUCUCCCAUUUGAUGUCUUGCCUCCCGCUCUCCCGAUUUUUACCAAAUUCUCCCGAUUUAUCAUAAAAUUCUGAAAACUAGGGGAAAAUUGCUAAUCUUUAGAAUUUUUGGCGAUCUGUCACUGUGAAACACUCAUAUUAUACUUACUUUCUUCGCGAAGAGCAUUAUGGUAUGUUAUAACUCAGGCCGGAAUGAUGUCAAAAUUCAGGAAAUGGCACUUGAGAGAACCUAAAUUUGCAAAAUUUCCCGGGGGCAUGCCCCCUGACCCCCUUAGAAGCUCGCGCCUUUGGCACUAAUAAUUACUCCCUAUUUUCCAUCACAUGGGGUUGGAAUCUCUGCCCCCCCCCCACCCCAUCAUUACAUAUUAAGUAUACAGUGCGAUCAAAGACGCGUAAGAAACCCUGUUAAUCUAACAUAAUUUUUGGAAAUCGAGGAGUUGUGAUCAUUUUUGUUAGUUAAGUUAACGUGACAUCUUCCACCUUUCUAGCUCAAUCUCUGGAGAGUCGAGUUAGAGGGCGGUGGAAGGGAAGGGUACCGGUAAAGUUUCCGCACAGGUACCGGUAAAGUUUCCGUACAGCCCCAUACUAUUGUCAAAACAAAUCUGUUCUCCCAAUGGAAUUAUAUUGUUUUUUUUAUUGUUUUCUCUAGUCGAGAACUGAAUGCAUAAUGUAGUAUGGGGCUGUGCGGAAAUUUUACCAGGGUACCUUUCAUAUGAGUCAACGAGAUGUUUGUUAUUCUUCAAGUAUUGUGGCUGCUUUGCCCUCCAUCCAACAUUGCUUGGAGCAUGAAGCUAAGAGUGUAGUAUUGAUGAGUCACCUGGGACGUCCUGAUGGUAAAAGAGAAGGAAAGUAUUCCUUAGCCCCUGUUGCUGAUGAACUGAAGAAACUGUUGAACAAGUAUGUAAACGCUAUAUUUAGAGCAUGCUAAUUUAUGAUUUUUAGUAAUCAUUAAAUGGAAUUUUAGUCUGAGUCAUGAGUACAGAACAAAAAAUUUGGGAAUGCAGUGAUAAAGGUAUCUGUAGGUGAUAAACUGAAACAAUAGAUACUAAAAUUAACCAAAACAUUACAGCAAAAGGCUGAAUUCUGUUUAUAGUGACAAUAAAAUAUCUUAAUAUAUAUGUAGGCUAAUCUCAUGAUGAAACUCUUCCUGCAACAUUCAGUCUUGCAAGGAGGGUGAACAAACUUUUACAAAUUCCCAAGCAAAUUGUGGCAAAUAUGUUUCAAGCAAGGAGAAGCUUGUGGAAUCUAUGCUGUGAAUCAGCAGUAACCUUGUCAAACAUUCUGAAAUUUGUCAUCGCUUUUCUCCAUUGAAAAAGAGUACAUAGAACAGAUUGACUAAGGGAGGCUAUUGAUUAUUGACUAAGGAUUGAAUGUAUAUGUGUAACAUAAAACAGCAUUAGCUCACGUGGCUACAGUCUUCACUAACUCCUCUAUGUGUACAUCCCACUUAAGAUCACAACUAAAUUGUUGUCGCUAAUCACAAACCAAAAAGGAUUUGAAGUCUAUGAUAAUAUUGUCAGUAUCACAUGAUAUUAGUGGUAUAAUGUGAGUGAAUAUUAUGCAUUGUGUUUAAAUGUUUUCUUUGGCUUUAGAGUAAUUUUUAUUUUUCUUUAUCUUGUGAUCCUUAUCAGCCUCUGGCACCAAGGUGAUUAAAGAUCAAACUGGCUUGAAAAUUUUUUUUAUCUCAAAAUUUAAAUAUAAAAAAAUACACUUUGUUAUAUGUGUCUGGUAUGUGUAAUUCUCCUGAAGAAAACAAGGUAAUGUAAUAAUUAACUGAGAAAUUUGAUACUGAUGAUAAAUAUUAUUGAGUGAUGUAUUUUUUUUUAGAGAUUUGAGGUUUCUGUCAGACUGUGUGGGACCAGUGGUGGAAAAAGCCUGUGAAAACCCUAGUCCUGGUAUUAUUUAACUUUCUCUUGACUUUUAGUUAUUAGAUGAUUGUAGUUUUGCAAUGUAUUAUAAUCAUCUUAUAUAAUAGCAUCGUUUUUUGUCUGUUUGUGUAUUAUUAUGAUGGUUUAAAUGAAGUAAAAAAUUUAGGGCUGAAUAGCUGGCUGUAGCAAACUAGUGAGGGAGACAUGAAAUGGAACUAGUGAAUUGAUUAAUUUACUAACAUGACUGUAUUUAUAAUUAUGUAUUUUGGGUGAAUAAACACUUUUCCUUAUGCUUGAAGGGUGUAGUGUGCAUGAAAAUGCUCCUUUAUUUGAUUUACAAAUCUUAAGUAACUGUGGGUCAUUGUGUGGUGCCUCUUUUUUUCAGUGCUUUCAAUAAGAACUGGCACUUGCCAGAGCUCCAGUGGGUAUUCUGUUGUUAAUUCCUUGGUAUGCUUUAGAAGCUUUCAAGCAAACUUAUGAAGUGAGACCUAAAACACCUCAAGAUUUUCUUGAGUUCUUUCAGUCCACUUUUACCUUCACAUACAAAUUUUAAUAAAAUUGGUUUACAUUGUCUUAUACAUUCCAGCACAAAUUUCUAGUGAAAAGAAAUUUUGAUUUUCCAUAAACAUACUGACUCAAAUUUCAGUAACCAUGUGUCCUUUCAGACGACUUUUGUGUGAAACUCAAGGAGCAGAUUUGCAUGUCAGCUAAUGGAAGAUUUUGAUUGGAAAUAAAAUCAUCAGCUAAACAAUUGUUACAAAGGAGACAAAUACUUAAUGAUCAUCUACAGAAGUUUGACAUGAAAAACUUAGUUUGAAGCCAGUUUAUUGUGAAUGGAGGUAUUGGGAUGACAAAAGGGAAAUUUUUUUUUACAUUAUUAUCUGGCGAGUGCUUUAUUGAGGUAGCCACCUUCUUCAAAUCUUAUAUAAAGCACUGUUUUUACAGACCAAUUUUAUAUUUUCCAGUCCUUUACUAAUCUUACUUGUGUAUAUUUAGUUUUUGUGAUCAGAUCUGGUCCUACCUUUAUUAGGUUCAGUGAUUUUGUUGGAAAACUUACGUUUUCAUGUGGAGGAAGAAGGCAAAGGUGUUGAUAGUGAGGGAAAGAAGGUAUAUCAAUGUACUACAAUUGAAAAAGAUAAUGACUGAAAAUUGUGUUAUCUCUGUAUUUACAUUAUUGAUAUCAAAACAGAUGUUAUUGUUCAUUGUGAUGGUAAGUCAUGAUAAACUGUUUUCUUGUUUGACUCACAGUUUGUGGUCGCUUAAGAUGUAGGUUGCGACAUUUUGACUGCUUACUGCUAGUCUUCAUCAGGUGAUGGGGUGGACUGCUGGCAGGUUACCAUUUGUAUCACAGCGAUCUAAUGCCAUUGCCAGAUUGUGAUCCCCAUUGUUCCAGUGAGUUCUGGUUUUCCAGCUUCAGGAAUUUCAAUUCCACUAUCCCUGUUGAUAUUAUCAGGGUGAAGUCUUUUGUGGAUAGCUUCCUUGACUCUUCUGGUGUAACAAUGUAAGUCUCAAUCAGUAACUUUACUUCAUUCCAAAUCAGGUGGUGGCUGGUCUUGUGGGCUUGCUCAGAAACAGGGGUGGUCUGGGUACAUGCUAAACAUCUAUCCGUCUCCUGUUCUUUCAGCAAAAUUCAAUCCUUUCUUUGAGGUAUUUGAAAAACAAGCAGUAGAAUCUGCAACACAGAAAACCAAGAUCUAGAAGCACUACAUUGAUGACACCUUCACCAUCCUGGAUUGCAGUUAUGUUGACUGUUUCUUACAGUAUCUAAACAGUCAACAAUGUACCAUCCAAGUCACCUUGAAAACUGAGAAAGACAACAAGAUCACCUUUCUCUAUAUAUCAGUUAUGAGGAAACCAGACAGAUGCCUGACCACCAGUGUCCACAAAAAAUUCACUCACACUUUUCAGUACUUAGCAUAUGAUUCACACCAUCCUCAAUCAGUAAAGCGCAGUAUUGUUAAGUGUUUGUUUGACCAGGGGAAGCAUCUCAUGUCAAAACCAUCAAUCAUCUCUAGGAAUCAGUUCUUGUUUCCAAUGGUUAUCCCUCUUCCUUUGUACAGAAGGUUACGAAGACAAGAAACUCCUCCCCAAGCAGAGAGCCUGUGAUGCUGUUCAAGUUUACAGUGGUUUUGCCCUUUGUAAAAGGUGUAUCAGAGCCUUUUUGCCCUUGCCUGCAGCAACAAGGCAUCUGUGCAGUAUUCAAAUCUGACAUGACACUUAGAUCAUAUUUGGUACAGCCAAAGGACACUGUCAAUCUAGCUAGACAGGACAGCAUGUUUUACAGAAUUCCCUGUGAGUGCAGUAAAAUCUAUGUUGGUGAAACAGGAAGACCUAUGCAAGAGAGGAUGAAAAAACAUGAGAGGGAUAUACUUUUAGCCUGUACCCAGACCUCUACCAUUUGUGAGCAUGCCAUCAAGACUGGCCACCAUCCACUUUGGAACAAAGUGAAAUUUAUUGAUCGAGACUCACACUGGUAUACCACAAGGAAGCUAUCCAUGCAAGACUUUACAUCAAUAACAGUAACAAGGACAACGGAAUUGAAAUUCCUGAAGCAUGGAUACCAACAAUCAAGGAACAUGGCAGGAGACUGGUACCACAGCAAACCACCAAGAAAACAACUUGGAGUCAGAUCUCUCAGAAAACCAGAACUCACUGGAACAAUGGGGAUCGAAAUCCACCAAUUGCAUCAAAUUGUCAUGAUACAAAUGGUAACACAUGAGCAGUCGACCCCAUUGCCUGAUGAAGACUAGCAGUAAGCAGUCAAAAUGUUGUGAUCUACAUCUCAAGUGACUACAUUGUGAGACAAACGAUUAAACAGCUUAUUACCAUUGGCAUUGUAAGAUUUUUGAAUUGAUUUUAUGCUAUGACAUAAAUUAUAUUAUGACCAACUUAUGACUGAUUUUUCAAGGUCAGCGAGACUACACAAUUAUGAAGACCAUGAUAUUUUAUUGCAUUAUAAUGAUUAUGGUGCAAGUUGGGUGAUAUAAUUGAUACACACAGAAAGUGGCUGUUGGUUGAACACUUGCCAAAACAAACGGAAUGAAGAAUGGAUUUUAUAAGUGAAGUAGUAACUGUAUCUUUGGCCACAAUGUUAGGUUAAAGCAAGCCCAGAGUCAGUGAAAGCAUUUCGUGAAUCCUUAGCAAAGCUUGGAGACAUUUACAUUAAUGAUGCUUUUGGCACAGCUCACAGAGCCCACAGUUAAGUUGUGCUGUAUUUGUGUUUACUUUGAAAUCCAUCUUGUCUAUGUCAAACAAUUCAUAACUUCAGGAAGACUAUAAUUUUAUGAAAAGAAAAUAUUUAAUGCAAAAAAUUCUGCCCUUUGACCUGAAAUUGCUUGAGAUAACAUGCAGGUCAACCCUUAAACUCAAAUCAGUGACCAAUAGAGAAUUUUCCUCAAAACAAUAUCAAUAUAAAAACAAUACCGUGCAUACAAGUGGUGAGAAUAAAGAAAAACAUCAAUUUGGGGAUUGUUAGUGGAUCCAAAACCAAAUUCUCCGAACUAACAUGAUUAAAAGAAUCGUAUGGUAGACAGUUAUGAGAAUUACCUGUAGUAACAAGAUCUUGGGAGUUAAUAGGUUAAAGACUAAGGAUGUGAUUAUCAAGUUUAUUAAUUUAAACUAGAUACUCUACGUAGCAAGGUUACUAAUCUAAAUUCUUUAAUUUUAUCAACAGUUCUAUGGUGGGGGUUGAUCAUACUGUCAAGGCUGCAGGAUUUCUGAUGGAAAAAGAGUUAUUCUACUUCUCUAAAGCUUUGAAAAAACCUGAUAGACCAUUUCUGGCCAUAUUAGGAGGGUGGGUACUCUUGCCAUCAUUAAACUUAGUUACUCUUUUUCUGAAUGGCCUCUUCUUGAAAAAAUAACUUUCAGGUUCCCCUCUUUGUCAAGUGUGAAAGUAUUAUGCUGCCAUUAUCACCAUAUAGAUUACAUCUUUCCUGUAUUUGCCAUUAAUUGCUAUAUCCAGGGAUGAUUUGAAGGGCAAGAAGGUGUGAAUAAUGAGGAAAAUUCAUUCAAUCUCUAUUUAUGAAUUCAACAGUAACACAAAUUUUUUUCAGAGCAAAAGUUGCUGACAAGAUUCAGCUCAUUGAAAACUUACUGAAAAUAGUAAAUGAGAUGAUCAUUGGAGGUGGAAUGGCAUAUACCUUCACUAAAGUACUUAGUAACAUGGAGGUAUGAAAAAUAAAGCUUCCCUAAGCUCUCUCUCUUUCUUCAGUUCCUACAAUGGUGUAUUCUAGAAAAAAAUGUGAACAUAAUAAUUUUGAGUUACAGUAUGUAGAAAAUGAUACUUUGUAACAAUGGAGAAAUUUUUCACUUUUCACUGAUAAAAAUAUGUAAUCAUGAAAAAACUCACUCUUUCCACCUGUCCCCAUCACUAGGUGAAAUUAUUUCUAAUGCAUUGCAAGAAAGGAGGUUGAAUUUGAGGUGAAUCACACUAAUGAUACAGUGGUCAUAAUAACAAGAAUUACCUGAAUUUCUGUCUGCAGUCAAAUUAUGAGGUUUGCAAAAAUUUGUGAGGGAAAUGGUUGGUUUGAAAAUGACAAUAUAAGGCUACGACCUAAUGUAUGUAACUUUUUUCUUAGAUUGGCAAGUCUCUUUUUGAUGAAGAAGGUUCAAAAAUAGUUCUUGACCUCUUUAGAAAGGCCAACGAACAAGGAGUGACCCUCCAUUUGCCUGUUGACUUUGUUACAGCCAGCAAAUUUGCAGAGGAUGCAGAGGCAAGUUAUUUAUUUAGAAGUUCUGCCACAACCUUGUCCAUUUAGAUUUUCAGUUUUGGGUUAAGCCUUUUUUAUGUAAGUUAUGAAUGACUGUGCCACAAUGAUUUUCCCAGUGAUACUCUUUUGCGUUUCCAGUUGAUUUGCUUGAGUUAUCUGUUCAUGUGCAAAAGUUAACUUGGCAAAGAACCACUCUACUUUUCAUCAAAUGGAUAUACACCUGGAGAGUGUUCUUUGUAUGUGAGAGUUCUUGGCAUUUCUUAUGUUUUUACUGAGUUUUUUAGGUUAAAAUGUGCAUUUCAAAUGGGUUGCUCCUGCCAACAGAAAAAUUAAAAAGCAUGCUCUGAAAAACCUUUAUUUUACAAUGUGGAAGCAAUAGUCCUUUUCACAGUUGUGUAUUUAGUUGCCAAGCCUUUGACUUAGGGUGAGGCUAAAGGUGACCUUGUUGUGAUAGAGACCAGUAUCUAGUUAGCUUGAUAACAAAGUAAUUUGCAUUUCAAAAGCAGCAAGGUUUGUAUCAUAACAAGGUCAACCUUAGCCUCACUCCUAUUCAAAGACUUGGCAACCAAGCACACAACUGUAAAGUGAACUAUUUAAUGCAAUGAAUGACUCCGACCAUUAAAUUAAAUAAUUCAUCUCAAAAGUCUAGCUUUGAAUACCCCCAAUUUCAUAAGAAAUUGUCCUCAUAAAUUUUGUUUCCACUAUUACACAGGUUGGGAGUGCCACUCUAGAAUCAGGAAUCCCAGCAGAUUGGAUGGUAGUUAAAAUGAUUGGUUCAUACGUCAGCAUGCAUUUACACCCUGUAUGGGGAUAUGAAGCACACAGGAAUUUUUGAGAGCACAAAAGAAGAGUCAUAGAACUCUAGCUUCUUGAGUGCUCUCAAAACUUCCCAAAUCACAGUGCACAUUUGGCAAUCAGAUUUCAAAGGCAAUUUGCACAUCUGCCUGGUUUACCAAACAACUGCAUACUCAAAGGCAAGGCUAAAAUGACCCAUGCAAAAGGUUUGAAAUGCUUGAAUUGCUGUUUACUCAAAUUCACAACCAGAAAAUUGCAAAGCAUUGUGUUGAAAUUUCUGAACAUUUUCCGAUUUUAAGCUAACUCUUUUGUUGCACAAUACUUUAGGGCACAACUUAUCUUCACUUGAAAAUAAUAUAUUUGGUCCCAAAAGAUGGUCUGAAAUUGGCAAAGCUCAACUUUUCUCAGCAAAUUCAGUUUUCAUUUUCCACCCCUAAUUUGUAUCAUGUCUGGGAAUUGUAAAGCUCUCUCUAUUACCUCUAAGGCUUACAGGACCAUUGCUUUCCAUGGCAAGUAUCCUUUUUAUUAAGUACUUCAAAAAUUGUAUCUCAAUUGGAUGGAACAAAAAAACCAUUUUGAAAUUCCCAAAACUCAUGGCCAAACUCAGGUUGGCAAGUCUGCAGUUGAAUUUCAGUCUCAAGGCAUUUGUUUGCUGAGGCUCAGCUACUGAAUUUGGGUUCUUGAAGUUGCUACCUAUGAUGUAAGUAAUUAUUUUUAAGGACAAUUCAAGUUGACAUGUCUUUACACUGACUGGGGUUUGCUGAUUAGUUUGUUCCAUAAUCUCCAUGUAUAUGAAAGAUUUGGUACUAAUUAUUACCUGUGAUCAUACAAAUAUACCUCCUUAUGCAUAGUGGAAUGGUAUAAAUAUUAAUUUUUCGGGGGGAUGUAGACUUUAGGGGCAUACAUUUUAUCUUGUACAAUCUUAAUUCCAUGAAACUGUAAGGGUUGAGCACUGUUUGUAACUACAGUAGUUUAAAUAAACAUCCUUCCCCUCCAAGAUAUAAAGGAUUGAAAAUAAUCUUGGAAUAGAGGGUGAACAUUUUCUGAAAUUUGUUGUAUUUAAUUCUUAUUAUGAAUUAUGUGAUUCAUUAGGGAUUAGACAUUGGUCCAGAAAGUGUCAAGGCAUUUAAAAAAGUUAUAGAAGGAGCAAAAACUAUUGUGUGGAAUGGGUAGGUGCACAAUUAAUUGAUUUUUUUCCUUGGUUAUAUAGAUCUCAUCUGUGCUAUUGAACAGUUACAUGUAUAUUGAUUGUGAUAAUCCAGCUGACUUGUACCCCUAGGAGGAGUAAGUUUAUCUAACUUGUUACUCUCAAUCAUAACACCCUUUUGUCCCAAACAAGAAAAAAUGUUUGCAUAGAAAUAGCUAAUGAACACAGCUAGUAACCAAAUGCAGUUUGUGUGCAGUAGUCUGAUGUCUUUCUGAUACUAAGCAGCAUACAAAAGAAGGAUGCAAACAACUGAUUUAUUUAAGCUUUCUUUAAUUUGGAUGUAUUUUUCCUAGAGUUAUUUUGUCAUGUGUGGUUAUUAGCUGUUAAAGGCUGUUUAGCCUCAUGACAAUGUCUUCAUUUAAUGCUGAAGUUAAAAAUUAGAAAUUAGGCUGUCAACAUGCAUUCACACACCAUUGAUAAAGUCACAAGUGGGGUGGCCACCAAUUUUGGUGCAUUUUAACCCAGAUUUGCUGGAUUAAUGGCUGCAGUCUUUUGUAAGUUAUUUCACAGACAGAUAAUUCACUAACUAGCUCAAAAAAAAUCCCUAGUUUGUAUCAUUGAACACAUCAGUGUGAACUAUUUGGCUAAUACUCAUGUCAUUGUAUCAUUCUUCAACUUUCUGCAUUGCAGUCCAAUGGGUGUAUUUGAAAUGGCCAAAUUUGAGGCAGGGACGAAAGGUCUUAUGGAUGCAGUUGUUGAAGCAACAAAGGCUGGAAAGACGACCAUAAUUGGUAAAAAAUCCAUCAACAUUGUGCAAAAGGAUACCAGGAAUAUGUCAGUGGUGUUCUCUACUUAGCCAUGAGACAAUGUCUCUAGAAUAUGUUGCUACCCUAACCAGCAGUUAGCGAUAAUUACUCAAAAGAAAACUUCUUGGUUCUUGAUGGUACUUGUGAUAGAGCAUGCUGUCUAAGCUCAGGAUUAGGUCAUUGGAGAAGACAACAGACUGAUGAUAUUUUUUUUGUUAUCUUCAAUUUUGUUGUUAGGUGGAGGGGAUACAGCCACUUGCUGUGCCAAAUAUGGUACUGAGGAUCUUGUAAGCCAUGUCAGCACUGGGGGAGGUGCAUCACUUGAGCUCCUAGAAGGUAACACCACCUUGUUUUUUUACUUUUUAUUAAUAUUUUGUAAUGUACCAAGGUGAUGUUCUGUUGUUGAUGUCUUGUUCCUAUUUGAAGGUAAAACCCUCCCAGGAGUUGCUGCUUUGUCAAAUGCAUGACUAAGGAUCAGUCAUCUCUGAGAUUGUAAUGUGAUUAGUAGCUCGCAUUUAGUACAUAUUUGGGAGUUCAGUUUCACAGCUGGCAAAAUUAGUUAUUAAUAAGAGGAUAAAUCCCAAUUACUCUGCAUGCAUAAGUUAAAUAAAAAUCUUUUAGGGAAUGGUUACAGUGUAGUUGGUGUAUAUACACAUACACUUCAUCCAAAAUUUGAGUGUUAUUGUCAAGUGAUACUGCUGAUUGUUGUAGCACAAUGAGUGAUUUGCUGAGAGAAAAUAAAUACUGACAAACAAACAACAGUGGGUGUUGAGGAUUUUGUCUAUAGCAGGUUGUAUGUAUCCGAUUUCAUAGCAGUUUGUAAUCACCUGAAGCAAUAACAAUGAUAUGACCAUAUGGUGGAUGACCAUAUACUAGCAACUGUAGUAGUAAUAAAAGUUUUAUAAGUAACUUCUCAGCAGUCUGGUUUCUAGUUUCUUUUCUUAAAAAAUAACCAACUCUCACUUGAAAAAAAACAAAAUACUUUAUUAACAUUAUUAUCAUAUUAGAAACUGCUUGUACAAUUUUAAGUUAC